AUGGUUUCUGCCUCCAGAAAUCCUCUACGACUUUCAAUCCUCCAACCCAAAAUCCAGACUAACACCGUUCUCCUCCUUGUAGACACAUACCACCAGCACCCCAAGGUGAAAAUUUUCGGAACCUGUUUCGGCCAUCAAAUCAUCAAUCAGUCCCUCUUCGCCCACACGGGGGGCCUCUACGUCACGAAGAACCCACGAGGUUGGGAACUCGGCGUGCAUGAAAUCACGAUCAACCCCAAAUUCGCCAGUUGCUUUCCUCGGCAACUCAAAUCGUCUGCCGCUGCCGCCGCUCGAGCUUCGUCAUCUCCUCGGAUCCAGCUCCAACUCUCGCACCAAGACACGGUCAUUGUCACUCAGAGUACGCAAUUGCCCUCCGAGUGCGUGGAAGUUGGAUCCAGCGCGCUCUGUGGCAUGCAGGGAAUGUAUGUGCCUAAUCGCGUCCUAACAUUGCAGGCACAUCCAGAAUUUGACCGUGCAGUGAACGGCGCGUGUAUCAGCGAGAUUGUGGGGACCAGCUGGCCAUUGGAAGAGACGAGGGAAUAUUUGCGCAUGGCGGAUAGAGAUGAUGACGCAGCGUUGAUGGAAGAGGUGGUGAUGGAAUUUUUGCUUCAGGCCCCCACGCCUUAA